AUGCACCUAUUCCUAACGCUGGUCCUACUACCAGUGCACACCUAUCAACAUGCCGAACAAUCCGGCGCAUUUAUGAUGAGACAGGCGAGUCAGCAUAAUGUGGAAAAUCAGCGCCAGAACACCCAGCGAGAACGGGAACAUUCAAUGGAACCGCUCGACUAUUAUAUCGACGAUCAAGUUGAGGAUGAAGAGGAAGAGACUAGAAAAACCGGCGGACGUCAUGGUCAUCGACGAAGUGGAACACCAAUGCGAACGUCGAUGAGGGACGAGGGCGGAGGUGGUGCACCUCUGCCGGGAGCUAACGGGGCCAUCUUCAGCCAAGGAGAAGUUGUAGAGUAUGGAGAGACAAGAGAUUUUCUACAUUUUCUUCGACGUAUCAAUUAUGAUCAUAGGCAAUGUCCAGAGAAUAAAGCUGGUGCUGUUCAAGUCGAGGUUUCCGUUGUGGUCAGCAACAUACGAGCUGUAUCUGAGGUCACUAUGGACUACGCUUUGGAGUUAUUCUACCGUGAAUCCUGGCAAGAUGAACGACUUCAAUUCAACACCUCACUUUUUAAGAAUAAGACAAGACUUGCCUUACAUGAAAGUUAUACAAAUUUUCUCUGGUUUCCUGACACAUUUGUGCCAAAUGCUAUCGCAUCGAAGAAUCCACAGAGGAAUAGCAUUUCGCAUAGAUCUUUGUUGAGGCUCGAAAGCAAUGGUCAAUUGCUCUACAGUCGUCGAAUAUCGUUAGUUUGUGAAUGCACAAUGGAUUUAACCCUGUUCCCAUUUGACAAACAAAUCUGCAAGUUGGGCAUCGAAAGUUAUGGUUACACAGCCGAUCAAGUUGUCUAUAAAUGGUCAUCAGGAUCGCGUCCUGCUUUAAAGCUACAUAAAAUCCGUCUUCCUGACUUCACCAUCAAAGAGGCAUACGUAACGAAUCAAAUGGAAGCAUAUGCAACAGGAAACUACUCGCGGCUUUACGUAUGCUUCGUGUUCUCUCGUUCAUCCGGAUUCUGUUUCCUGCAACUCAUUAUCCCAUCCACAGCUGUCGUUAUUACUUCAUGGGUGUCAUUAUGGAUGGAGAGUGAAACGGAAUUUCAGGACAUGAUAUCAAUUAUUCUUGCCAUCACUUUCUUGAUCUUCUCCUAUAACGAGAUGAUGCCACGGGUCAGCUACAUCAAAGCUAUGGAUAUCUACCUUGGUGUAUGUUUCAUGAUCGUCUUUCUAUCCCUAAUAAAACUGGCGUUUGUCAAGUAUAUGCGACAAAAAAUCAAAUUAGAAAGUGAAAGUUUCCAAUCGAUGAGCGCAGUGAUGACACCUACUCGACCAAUAAAUGGGAUUCUACCGCCGAGAACCGGUGCUAAUCUUGUGCUACGCAAUGGGAAAUAUAAUAACGAGUAUGUGACGGUUCCUGUUGCGGAUGUGGAAGACUCCUAUAUUCCAGACGGGAACAAAGAUACUUUUGGUGAUAAAAUGCUCAAACUCGUAGAUUUCCACUUCACACCACGAACUAUGCACAGAUUUCAGUGGAUUUCUCAGAUGCUCUUCUUCUUUGGAUUCGUUAUUUUCUGCCUUUUCUACUUCCUCGUAUAUCCAAAUCUACAUAUGGUGAGCGUUGAUCCAGCAUGCGAGAAAACUCAGGCUGAAUGGUUCGCGGAGAUCAUCUAA